CAGGAACACCCCCGGACUCCUCCGGCUUCCUGGUACUGCCCCAAAUCGUCUUUAUUAUACCUUUCUUGGCGCAAUGGUGGUGUAUUCGUUCUACAUCUUCGACCGGCAUGCCGAAUGCAUCUAUAAACGGCGCUGGCUACCGCGCCCGGUCUCCACGGUGGGCAGCAAAUCCUCACGGCCAACUUCCGAGGCGUCGGCUCCGGGCCUCCCCGCAACAUUAGGUCAAUCGGCGCGCACCACCGACGACGAUGCCAAGCUCAUCUUCGGGACGGUCUUCUCCCUGCGGAACAUGGCUCGCAAGCUAGGAGGCGAGGACGAUAACUUCGUCACGUACCGGACGAGCCAAUACAAACUACACUACUACGAGACCCCGACCAAUAUCAAGUUUGUCAUGCUUACGGAUCUCAAAAGUCCAAGCAUGCGGGUUGCCCUCCAACAGAUUUACAUCAACCUCUAUGUCGAAUACGUGGUCAAGAACCCGUUGUCCCCCGUGGAGCAUCCAGGGGGCAUUGGAGUAAAUAAUGAGCUCUUUGAAGAGUCUUUGGAACAGUUCGUGACUCGCGUGCUGUCCUGAAGACAGAAAUCUGCAUGAUCACUUCGCUCAUGAACCUGGAUCGAAAUGAGAUCGAAGCACAUAUAAUGAAGCUUCUCACAGGGGCGUCAACGACGGCCCGUUCUCCAUUCCGCUUCCCUACGGCUGCAGUGUGCUGCCGUGCAGUAGGUAGGUCGGGUGCGACGGGGAUCAUUCCCAGAUCCUUUCGUCGAUAGUCGAGAAAUGCUGCACGAUCAUCCAGCAAGACCAUGGAUAUCGGGGGCUACUUGAACAGCACAUAUUGCAAAGCCUCGGACCGACGAGGCACCCCGAGCCGCCUUGCGCAGACCGACGGACCAGUCGGGGACGGUCCAUCACCGUCCGCAAGAAUCAACGAUUUAUGAAUUAUGUCCUUAAUUGAAC